AUGGCUACUGCGCGCCAAACUUUGCGAGAUCGUCAAGUCGCCUCCAUCGAGAAGAUCCUAAACCUAAAUCAUGAUCAAUCGAAGCAUGAGCCUGAAGCAAAUGGCCUUAUUCCAUCAUCCACCCCGAUCCUGAAUGAAGAAGGAGAGCCUAUAUGGAAGGUGCUCGUCUUCGACAACCUCGGCCGUGAUGUCAUUUCAUCUGUCCUCAGAGUUCAGGAUCUUCGGAACUUUGGGGUGACCAUACAUCUCAAUCUGCACACUCCUCGCCAUCCCAUCCCGGAUGUUCCAGUUGUCUACUUGGUCGAGCCAACCGCCGAGAACAUCGCUGCAAUUUCUGCGGAUCUUUCCAAGAACUUGUAUGAUACCGCAUAUGUCAACUUUCUUUCCUCAGUUCCCCGUGCUCUGCUUGAAGACUUUGCAGCGACAACGGCCCAGAAUAAUAAUUCUGAGAAAAUCGCACAAGUUUAUGAUCAGUACUUGAACUUCGUGGUCUCCGAGCCGGAUUUAUUCAGUUUGAACCUAAAAGACGUGUAUCACACCGUGAUCUCUGCGCAGGUAGCAAAGACUGUUAUUGAGGAAACAAUUGACAAAGUUGUUGGGGGCUUAUUUUCGGUGGCUGUUACAAUGGGAUCUAUUCCUAUAAUCCGAGCUCCUACAGGGCAUGCUGCUGAAGUCAUAGCCCAGAAGCUCGACCGGAAGCUGCGUGACCAUGUUCUUAACUCUCGCGAUAAUAACCUAUUUUCGGCUCGCGUGGGCUCCACUACUACGCCAGCCGCCCGCCCAGUCUUAAUCAUUCUCGACCGUAACAUCGAUCUUAUCCCAAUGCUAUCACAUUCAUGGACCUACCAGUCCUUAGUUCACGAUGUGCUAAACAUGCGAUUGAACCGAAUUACAGUGGAGACGAUCGAUGAUAAUGGCAAAGUGGGGAAGAAGAGUUAUGACCUUAACUCCAAUGAUUUCUUUUGGGCUAGAAAUGCUGGUGUACCGUUCCCGCAGGUUGCGGAGGAUAUUGAUGCUGAGUUGACGAGGUAUAAAGAAGAUGUUGCCGAAAUUACAAGGAAGACUGGCACAAGUUCACUGGAGGAUCUACAAAGCGACGUUGGCUCCUCGGCACAACAUCUCAAAGCGGCUAUCACUCAGUUGCCGGAAUUGCGCGACAGAAAGGCAAUCCUUGAUAUGCACAUGAACAUUGCACAUGCACUUCUCAAGGGGAUCAAAGAACGUCAGCUCGAUAAUUUCUUCCAGAUCGAAGAAAAUAUUACUAGGCAAACUAAAGCUCAACUUUUGGAGGUUAUCAAUGAUCCAGAGAGGAAGAACCCCGUAGAUAAAAUGCGGAUGUUCAUCAUUUGGUAUUUAAGCACUGAGAGCGUUGUUAGCAAAGUUGACAUGAAUGAGUACGAGGAGGCUUUGAAGAAUGCGGGCUGUGAUCUAGCACCAUUGGCAUAUGUCAAGAAGGUGCGUGAACUUACGAAGAUGACAAUGAUGACUUCGGCACCAUCCCAACAGCCUGUACAGACCACUGGUGGCACUGAUAUCUUCAAAGGUUUUAGUUCCAUCAGCAACAGGUUGACCGAUCGGCUCAAAGACGGGGCACUUGGAGGUGGAUUUGAAAACUUGAUCUCAGGAGUAAAGAAUUUCCUUCCGGUCAACAAGGAUCUCACAAUUACAAAGAUCGUCGAGUCUCUCAUGGAUCCCACCUCGUCAUCUACCUCUGCGCUUGCAAAAACCGAAAAUUACCUUUAUUUUGAUCCUCGCUCAUCUACUGCACGCGGUACUACCGGUGCCCCGGCUGGGGCCGCCAGACUUGGGCCAGAUGGUAAGCCAAUUUCAGGAGGACCCACCUUUGGGCAACGUCGUCAAGGGUUCACGGAGGCUGUUGUAUUUACGGUUGGAGGCGGUAAUAUGGAGGAGUAUGGCAACUUGCAAGAAUGGAGCAGGAGGAACAAUGCUAGUGCUGCUGGUAACUCUGCUGUUGUCAGGCGUAAGGUUGUCUAUGGUAGCACCGAUUUGAUAAGUGCAGAAAGAUUUGCAGACGGCGAAUUGAAGAGACUUGGUGAAGAGGGCUAA